CUGUGGACAUUUCACCACGACUGCAUUACAGGAGUCUUUGAGCAAGAGUAGAGACCAACGACGUCGACGUUCCAGGUGUGAAAAGACCCCACGAUCAUCGCCCUAUCGCCCUGCCAUGGCACUUUGAAUCCCUGUAAGUUUGGCGGCACGAAGCGAGCUUCCCCACCAACUCCGGUGCGUUCUAGAAUAGCAUUCAAACUUAAAUCACCUUUCCUUCUGCUCGACGUCUGCCGUCAUGGCUUGGGACUCGAAAUCCGCUCGAAGGCGCCAGAACAGCAAUGCUACAGUCAGAGCCGCGCAGUCGCAACCUCCCACGGCUCCCAGCAUCAUCAUUGAGCCCAAAUUAGCACACGUUACAGAUCCCGCUCUCCAGCCAUUCUUGAACCCCUCAUUCGAUCCCGCAGAUUAUCUCAAUGCCACUUUACCUUCAUUACAAGGCUCGAACGCAUCUCAUUCCACAAAGGGGAACGUGCCACUUGCAGAACUCUCUACACAGACGCAAACCCUUCUCUCCUAUCUGAGCGCACACACAACAAGACUGACAACGACCUUGACCCAGCUCACCGACGAGAUCCUUAGGAGCGGCAGCCGAUUAGCAUAUGAGGUCGAAGUUCUGCGGGGAGAGACUCUGGGGUUAUCUGAGACUCUGACGGAAGGACUACAAGAACAUGCUGUCAAAUUUGUGCCCGGUGGCUUGGACCAAGAUCUGGCACGGAAGCAAUCGCGAGCUACGGAAACAAAUGGACACAGGAGACGAUCAUCCACAAUAACAGUACCUAAGACUCCAAUACGAGAAGAAGCCCCUGCUGUCGCUGAUCCUCCCUAUAUUCAGCAAUUACGAACUCUGACCUUAGUACGCUCCCGCUUGGAAACGGUAAUAAAGACAUUUGGCGAUGCGAUGGCAUGGACAUUCCCUCCUUCAGAAGUCUCCGUGACCUCUUCAUUUCUGUCAGUCUCCGCCCCAGAGCCCGGAUCGGACGUGGCCAGCACGGAAGAGAAAGGACAACAAGUGUCAAAGAAGCUACGGGAUGAAAUAGCAGACCUUUUGAUAGGAGGAGAUCCGAUUGAAGGCAUUGAGGCUGCAGCAAAACGGGUAGAAGAGCUCAAGGAACUGGCCGCAGUCUGGAAAGGUACAGCUGAGGAGAAAGCAAGAACAAAAUUCGUGGAUACCCUGGCGAAGAUGGUGGAGGACAGGCAUAGAGAUCUAUUGAGAGAAGCGGAGCAGGAUUCACGUCUUCGGCAGCGAGUAGAAACAUUACAUGAAGAAGUCGAAGUUGCUCCGGAAGAGAGUAAACCUCUUGGAUAUGGAUUUAUAAGCCAAUUGCAAAAGCUUCGAGGAGCUUGAUACUGUAAUCUGAUAUCUGCUCGAAAUAAUAAUGAUACCCACUAUUGGACCCUUG